GUGAAUAAUGCAGGGAUUUCCGGAGCCCUAGUGGACAAUGAAUCUCUAAGAGCUGCAGCACUUGGCAAGGUGCGUAGUCAUCAUCUAAGUAAUGCUGAUUAUACUUAUGAAUUAGCGGAAGAAUGUUUUCAAACAAACUAUUACGGUGCAAAGAGAAUGUGUGAAGCAUUUAUUCCUCUGCUUGAAUUAUCAAAUUCACCCGGGAUUGUUAAUGUUUCUUCAAUGAUAGACAAGUUAGAGAAUCUAUCAAAUAAAUGGGCAAAAGAAAUGUUAAGUGAUGCAGAAAAUCUUACAGAAGAAAAAAUUGAUGAAGUAUUGAAUGCGUUUCUAAAAGAUUUUAAAGAAGAAUCGUUAAAAUCUAAAGGUCGGCCUUCUUUUUCUUCUCCAUAUAUAAUGUCAAAAGUAACAAUGAAUGCAUAUACGAGGAUUCUAUCAAAGAAAUAUCCGUCAUUUUGUGUUAAUACUGUUUGUCCUGAAUUUGUCAAAACAAAUAUUAGUAAUAAUAUCGGCAUCUUAUAUCCGGAAGAAGGCGCCGAAAGUCUUGUAAAACUAGCAUUAUUGUCUGAUGGUGGUCCUUCUGGUCUCUUUUUCAUUCGUAAAAAAGAGUCAUCAUUUUAA